CAAGGGCAGAAACCCGUGCCCAGCUACAAAACUCAGUGUGUCAGGCACUGUGGUCUCAUCUAUGCACACAGUCUCACCUGGACAUAGGAGAUACCAUGACCGCCACACUCACAGCCCUGCUCUGCAUUGGGCUGAAUCUGGGCACCAGAAUCCAAGUGCAAUCAGGGACACUCCCCAAGCCCAUGCUUGGGUCUAGGUCAGGAUCUGUGAUACCACAAGGGAAACCUGUUACCCUCUGGUGUGAGUGGACGCUGGGGGCCCAGGAAUGUGGUCUGUAUAAAAAGGGAAGCCAGGAGCCCUGGAUAAAAAACACGUCACUGGAACUCAAGAACUCGGCCCUGUUCUUCAUCUCAUCCAUGACCCAGCAACAUGCAGGGCUACAUCGCUGUUACUACCGAGUCCCUUCGGGUUUGUCAGAGGGCAGUGAGCCUCUGGAGCUGGUGGUGACAGGAAUCUACAGCAAGCCCAGCCUCUCAGCCCUGCCCAGCCUUGUGGUGAACCCAGGAGGGUCUGUGACCCUGCAAUGUGGCUCGCAGCUGGGAUUUGACAGGUUCAUUCUGACUAAGGAAGGAGGAGAUAAGCACUCCUGGACCCAGGACUCACAAAAAGACUCUAGUGGGCAAUUCCAGGCUCUGUUCCCUGUGGACCCUGUGACCCCCAGCCACAGGUGGAGCUUCAGAUGUUAUGGCUGUUACUGGAAUCAGCCCCAGGUAUGGUCAGAGCCCAGUGACCCCCUGGAGCUCCAUAUCUCAGGGUCUCUCCCAAAACCCAAGCUCCAGGCUCAGCCAGGCUCUGUGAUACCAUGGAGGAGUCCUGUGACCCUCUGGUGUGAAGGGACCCUGGAGGCCCAACAAUACUAUGUGUUCAGAGAGGGCAGCCCAGCAUUCUCAGAAACAAAGAUGUCUCCUGGGCCCAGGAACAAGGCCAUGUUCUUCAUCCCAUCCAUGAAAGAAGAUGAUGCAGGGAGAUAUCACUGCUACUAUCACAGUACUGAAGGCUGGUCAGAGCUCAGUGAUGCCCUGGAGCUGGUGGUGACGGGAGUCUACAGCAGACCCAGUCUCUCAGCCCUGUUUGGCCCUGUGGUGACCUCAGGAGGGAACAUGACCCUGAAGUGUGUCUCAUGGCAGCAAUUUGACAGGUUCAUUCUGACUAAGGAAGGAGGAGACAAGCUGUCCUGGACCCUGAACUCACAGCGAGGCCCCAGUGGGCAGGUCCAUGCCCUGUUCACUGUGAGUCCUGUUAUCCCCAGGCAGAGGUGGAUGUUCAGAUGCUAUGGCUGUUAUAAUACGAACAUCCAGGUGUGGUCAAAGCCCAGUGAUGUCAUGGAGCCUCUGGUGUCAGGAGGCCCUGAGGAUCAGCCCCUCACCUUCACGGAGCCAGGAUCCCAGGAUGACAGCACCCCCAGCCCAAGCCUGCAAGGGAACCUGGAGGUUGUGAUCGGGGUCUCUGUGGUAUCCUCCCUGCUGCUGUUGCUAAUCCUCCUCCUCUUUGUAUACUGGUGCCAGGAAAGAAGCUGGAAGGCAGAUAGCACCAAGAAGAAUACAGAGCCUGAGGACAGGAUGGAGCUGGACACUCAGAGUUCAUCUAACGAGAACCCCCAGAGAGUGACAUACGCCCAGGUGAAGCACUCAGCACCUAGGAAGAUCAGGACCUCCUGUCCAUCAGCUCUGUCAGGGCAGCUCCUGGACACCAAGCUUGGACAAGCAGAGGAGGACAGGCUGAUGGACACUCAGGCCUCUGCCCACAAGGGUCCUCAGGAUGUGAUCUAUGCCCAACUGUGCAGCUGGACACUCAGAGAGGGGACAGCUGCACCUCCUUCUUCCCAGGACAGGGCUCUUCCAGCAGGAUCCAGUGUGUAUACUUCCCUGAUGCCCACUCGCCCAGGAGCCAUCCCAGAGGACACCACACAGAGACCUCCAGAGAUUCUGGGGCCAUUUGAGACUCACCUGACAUCUCUCUGUGUUGGAAAUAAAACCAGAGAUUCUUAAAUAA